AUGGACUAUGUCGAGCCUGCUGAUGAACAGUUGCAGAACGUACCAGAAGAACAUACUCGGACGCUGGCUCGAGCUGGGACGCGCGUCAUCCUCGCACCAUCAUUUAUCGGAAGCGAACGGUACAUGCGCGCGCAAUAUCAAGACUCGAUGGGCAUCGUUCGGACAGUAGGAAAGCAACAUCUUUUUAUCAUUAUUACAUGCAAUCCAAAGUGGCCGGAAAUUACGCAAAUUCUUCUACCAAGACAACAACCAUCCGAUCGACCUGAUCUCACGGCACGCGUAUUUCGGUUGAAAUUGAAGGCCAUCUUAGAGGACCUUUCAGCGGGAGUUCUCGGGUUGGAGAUCGCACGGAUACAUGUUAUCGAGUUCCAGAAGCGUGGUCUCCCACAUGCACAUUGUUCGGUGAUUCUGAGUGACGCUGACAAACCUCGGUCGGCAGCCGACUACGACCGGCUGGUGUCUGCCGAAAUCCCAGAUCCAGCAAAUGAGAAACUCCAUGACACGGUGCGAAAGUGUAUGAUGCACGGACCAUGUGGUCGGUCCAAUCCGCAGGCACCUUGCAUGAAGGACGGUGUAUGCUCGAAACGAUUCCCGAAGCAGUAUACCAGCCAAACAAGCCAGGCAGAGUACGGUUAUCCGUUGUACCGACGCCGCAACGAUGGGCGCAACGUCAUCGUGAAGGACGUUCCAUUACAUAACCGUUACGUAGUGCCGUACAACCCGUGGUUUUGUCACAAGUACGGCUGCCACAUCAACGUGGAAAUGGAACGUUACUGUCUGCGUCUAAUGCUGUGCUACCGUAAAGGACCUACAUCCUUCGUGGACCUGCGAACAGUUGACGGUAUGGUCUGUGCGUCCUACCAGAUUAUGAUAAAUAGAUGCCAAGAUGUAUACUGCGGACUAACAAAACCAGCAAGUGUCGAACACUUUCUUCGUUCUUUUGUGGACGAACUAAACUUCCUAAUGAAAAAUGGAGCAAUGGUUGAAAAUAGGAAGUUAAAUAUACAAUUACGUGCCAUUAUAGCUGAUUCUCCUGCUCGUGCGCAUAUCAAAGGUGUUGCCAAUUACAUCGCUCGACACGGUUGUUUGAAUUGCACUACGGUAGGAAAGAGUAUACGAAGAAGAGUUUCGUUCCCGGGUCGAAUUGCUCCAAAUCGUAGUGACGAGGGAUUUAGAAUGCGCAUAUAUGGCCCUCAUCACAAAUUUGAAUCUCCUCUAAUACAUUUGGAUAAUUUCGACCUUGUGAAACAAAGAAUAGUUGGAGAUUCGUUGCACAUUAUCGAUUUGGGAAAUACGAAACGACUAUUGAAUAGCUGGACAAAAGGGAAACUUGGAUUGGCAAACAAAUUAUCAACGCAGCAGAUUAACAACAUGUCAGCAAUGUUGUUAAAUAUUAAAUUACCAUCCGAGAUACACCGUAAAUUUUGUUCACUUAAUGAUUUAAAGUACUGGAAAGGGUCUGAAUUAUCCUCAUUUUUAUGUUACGCUUCAAUAGCUGUACUUAAAGAAAAUUUAUGUGAAACUAUUUGGAACCAUUUUAUGUUAUACUUUUGUAGCAUUACACUGCUAUCUUCAGUGGUAUACAAAGAGCAUUGGCCACUUGCACAUUCACUCCUACAGCUUUUCGUUCAACAGUACAAAACUAUAUACGGCCCAGAGUAUAUUUCUAGUAAUGUACAUAAUCUGUAGCAUAUUUAUGAAGAAGUCGAACAGUUCGGUCCUCUUAAUACUUUUUCUUCCUACCCAUUUGAAAACGAAUUGCAGCCUAUAAAACGUUUGCUGCGAAGCGGUUCAAAAAGUUUGGAACAAGCUAUCAAUAGAAUUUCAGAAAGGGAAACUUUUCAUACGGAUCAUAGUAAUGAAAAUGUUGCAUAUCCCUUCAUUAAACAAAGAGGCGGUUUAAUCUCACUUUAUGUACGCAAAGAAUUUUGCUUAAAAAAUUAUCAACGCAAUGCAUGUCACAAAACGCUCAGCUGGACGAUUCGCCUAUGUGUGACGGAGAAGAAAGUCAUGUGCAAGGAAGACACAUUCAUUAAACCCACCUAUACUUGCAAGACCGAUGUGCGCUACGUGUACAAGUGUGCGAGAAUGACGGAGGAGAAGUGCAAAGCGUGA